AUGACGAUCUCACAUCUUCCUCAUGGCCCGACAGCCAGCUUCUCCCUGCAUAAUGUUGUUCUACGUGCCGAUAUUCCCAACGCUGCCCGCGGGACUGUGUCAGAGAGCUACCCGCACUUGAUCUUUGAGGGUUUCAAGACAAAACUGGGCAAGCGCGUGGUUCAAAUUCUGAAGCAUCUUUUCCCUCCCCGAGAAGCUGGAAAAGUUGGAAACCGCGUGGUCACCUUUGUAAAUAAAGAGGAUAGCAUUGAGGUUCGUCACCACGUUUUCGUUAAGACGGGAUAUAAGGAUGCCGAACUAGCAGAAGUUGGACCGCGCAUGACGAUGAGAUUAUUCGAGAUCAGGGGAGGUUCGCUCGAAAAAGGCUCGAGUGGAGAUGUGGAGUGGGCGCUUACACAGUACACGAGGACUUCUAGAAAGAAGGAUUACCUCUAA